UUUAUGUGUGUUUAUUUUACAAGCAAGAGGGUGGGUUGUUUCUUGGUGUUGUUUGGGUGAGUGUAUUUAAUGGUUCCAGUUGCAGACCACCGGGGGGGGCUGUUUCUCUAUAAGACAGGCUUUGUGACUGAUACUGGAUGACCACACUCUUCAGUAUGAUAAUGAUGAUAGGACACACCUCCAGCAGCUAUUAACCUGUUAAACCCCACGGACCCUUCGGCGGGUCCGAAAAUGCGACAUAUGUUAGCACCAGUGUGAUCUCUGAAGUGUCAUUUAUGAAACUAUUAAUGUUCCACACCCAGCUGACGGGAAGAAAUUCAGCUAACUGACACACGAAAAAAAAAAUCAAAAAUUCAAAAAUAAAUUCCCACAAGAAGCCUUUCAAUGAGCCCUUAGCAAAGACGGACUAAUGCUAUUUCUGCUCAUAACUCACAAAAACGAUCAUUUAUAAUUAAUAUUUUCUGCACAAACAACACAUCAUCUGAAAGCUGAGAUUCCACAGAUUCCAUGGGUAUAAAUACCCCAUCACUGCAGGCAAGAAUUCACUGAGCUAGCAGCCAGAACAUAGCAAAUAAACAACAUCAGUUUUCAAAUCCAUGACAAUAAUUAGGUCUUACCUUGGCUCUUUUGUGAUCAAAAGUUGUGUUCAACGGAAUAAAAACGCUGCUCAAGGUUAAUCCAAUGUCUCUUAGUCACUUUAGAAUUGUUCCUGAUAAUCAAUCCUUUCAUUCAUGGCAGAAGGGUAGGUACAAAGAUUAGGUGUCCAUGGCUUCAGCUGCUGGACAUGCAGUUUACGCAUAGCCCCCCCUCCCCCGCCGUAAAGUAUUUACGUAUUUUCCAACUGCCACUCGAUUCUAUUGGCUCUAACGAUUCAAAAAAUGUGUAAAUCACGCAAAUCGACCAAUGGGUUCCAGAGAUAGGGUCCUGCUAAGUGUACAUCAGGCCAGUAUAUGCUGCUUACCUACACUCCUCCUACGUUUUUGACGCAGCAGAACCACAUUGAGAGGAGCGCAGAGAACGGCACAGCAACAGCCGGAUUUGUUUUCUUUCUCUUCAUUUGAACAAUGGCAGCCAGAAAGAAGACUGUAUUGUCCAUCGAGGAGGCAUUGGAACUAGUAUUUGAGGACUCUCCUUCGGAAGAUAGUGAUCUUGUCACGCAUGAAGGGGACAGUAAUGACUCCGAUUAUGAAGUUCCACCAACGGAAAGUGAGGAAGACGAUAAUGAAAUGGCUUCUGGAUCACAGCCAUCAACGUCUGCGUCCAAGCUACAACGCCAAUCAAAGCAGCAUUCAGAGCCAGACACACCUAAGUUACGACGCCGGGCAUCUGCACCAGUAGUAAUUCAGCCUGCCUCUGCAUCUUCUGAUGAAGAAGAGCGUGGUGUGUGGCAGACUAAGAAUGUUACCGUUCCUGACGCUGUGGUGGACUACAACAGAAGCAUGGGCGGUGUGGAUGUGUCCGACGCUUUGAUUGGAUACUACAGCGUUCGUCACAAAACGAUGAAAUGGUACAAGACUUUUUUUUACUAUUUUAUGGAUAUUUCCGUGGUGAACAGCUUCCUUCUCUACAAGGAGCUGCACAAGAGGAGGGGUGACCCCGCCAGGGCGAAGCCACUCACACAGAAGUCCUUCAGGGAGCAGCUUGCUAAAGAAAUGGUUGAGUUUUCUGGAGUCCCUGCAGCAGCACCACCCCGCCCACCAACACCCCACACCAUCACUGACAUGCAUGCCCGAGUAUUAUGGGGAAGAUGCCACCACGGUCAAGAGGUACUGCAGGAAGUGCUCUGAUGCUGGCAGCAGAAGGGUGAAGACACCUGUGUACUGCAGGAAGUGUCAGGUCCCUCUGUGCUUCACUCCCAAAAAGAACUGUUUCAGGGCAUGGCAUGACUUACUGGAAUAAUACUGUAACAUUCAGGGUUUGUAUAAAGUUUUGAGAGUGUUUAUUACCCAAAAAAUGCUUGUUGUUUUUACCUAAAGUGUGGUGUUAUUGUGUAGUGUGUUGCUAACAUUUUUUAAAUAAAUCUGCUCCAGUUGGAGUCAAAUGUUUCCUAUGUUUCCUAAUUUUUAUUGUGCAAGUAAACAUGCAUCUCAUGCAAAGAGGGAACUUCCC